AUAUUCCAAACCAACUUUGAUGAUGACUCCGAUUGCACCGAGUGGGAACGCUUGGCUGCUGAAUUCGCUAAAUUAACCGGCUCAAAAGCUAAUCGACCAACUUACAAGAGUUCAGUACCAAGCCUCAAAGAGGCAUGGGAGUCAUACGAAAGUCGAUGGAGUAGGCUUUCUGCACCGCAUCCAGCAGGUAGUUUGGCGACCGCCACACCACUUCGGCUCGGUUUCAGGGAUAUCCCGUGGCCAGUGUUACAUCAGCCCACUCGAGCUGCUGACCUGGAAUUGCACCUGACUGAAGGCCACAUUUCAUCCUUCAUUUUAUCCACAUCUCAUCCGACGUCCGGUCAGCAGUCUUCUCUCGCUUCCUCGCCAAAUCUAGAUUCUAGAACACGCAGGCUGAGGAUCCGAGAGGCAUUGCUGAGAUGGCAUCCAGACAAGAUUGCUCGCAUUUUGGCUAGCAUACAGUCUGAUGACGAACGAUCUGCGGUCAAAGACGGUGCAGAGAUUGUUGCACGGCAUCUCAAUGCACUUUUGGCUCGGGAUUCAUAA